AGGGAACUUCCACCCCCACCCCCUCAGUCAACGAGACCACCCCCUCCUCUCCCAGAACCUGACCAAGAUGUGUAUGAAGUGGAACCAGAACCGGAACCUGUACGGCCUCAGACACCCCCUGAGGAAUCAGGGGAGAGUAUAUAUGAGAUGGAGCCUGAUGUUUCUGACCAACCCUCCAAAGCACCGCCUAAGCUGCCAGGGCGACCCCCUGUACCCAUCCCUCCACAGGAAACAUAUGAAAUUCAAGAUGAUGAUGAGCAAGAAAAUUAUGAUGAAUUUUCCAUGGCAGAAGAGGAAUUUCCACAGGACACCUACGAUGAAUUUGAGGCAGGUCCCCAGGAGGUUUAUGAGGAUGUGGAUGAGAAAAACCAAGCCCCCCAAAUUCCAGGACGACCCAUGCCCCCUCCCCCUCCAUCAGUACCUUCUCCCCCUAAACCAGUAUAUAUCAUUGUGCUUCUACUUCAAUGUGUCUGUAUGUUAAACCAUAACUCUGUCAAUUCAUUUACUUAUUUAUACUUUUAUCUCUUUCAGACCCUUCCACCUCCAAAGAAAGCUCCUGCUGAACCUAGACAAGCCCCCAGACCCCCUAUAGGUGGGGGCCCCAUGGGUUUUGAUAUCAGUGCUAUCAAAGGAGUUCAGCUCAAGAAAGUGGGAUUGCCAGUGGAAGACAAACGGAAAGUCAAGGAGUCGGACAAAAUUUACGAUGAAGAUGGAGGCGUCAAAUCAGCAUUUGAAAAAUUCAAACAGAAAGGAUCAGGUGUAGAGCAAAUAGACUUUAGAAAUAUUUUAUCUAAGGCUAAAAAUAAUAUUCCCCCAAAUGACACCGGAAAUAAGCCACAGAAAACAGUACCACCAACUCCAAUGAAACCCCCAGUGAGCAAAUGGGGAUUGAAAAGUACCCAAGGGGAACAAGGUUCCCAAGAAAAUGUAACCAAAAAACUCCCUCCUGUGCCUCACAAGCCAUCAGAAGAAGAGCAGCAAACAGAAUCACCUCAAAAAUCACCCAUACCUUUCAAACCCAAGCACAGCGAUCAUCAUACCUUCCCAGAAGUUCCAACACCAACUGUGAGGUUGUCACCCCUACCUGAUUCACCUCAGAGAAAGGAGGUGCCAGUACCUCCGAGGCAAACUGGUCCGAGCCAUGACACGCCUCCCAUCCCGGCCGUGAGGGUCAGUGUCUAUGACUUGGAAUCAUCUAAGACAAAACCGUUUCCAAAAUCUGCAGCUUCUGUUGCAACAGCUCUAAAGAAACCGGUAACGGCAGCAAAGCCUGAUUUUUUCCCGCGACCAGUUAAGAAACCUGAACCGAAUAAUUCAAAUACCAAACCAACACCACCUGAACCUAAAUCACCCAUGUCGCCAUCUUUUUCUAAACCGCGAUCUCCCUCCCCCUCUAAGGAAACACCUCCUCCGCCCCCGCCCGUCAAAUCGGUGCCAGACAAACCUCCCGUGCCUUACUCUCAAGUCAAACCCAAUGUCUCCAAUGGCACCAAGAUGAAUAUAGAGGAGGACCACGUCUCGUCAGAUGAUGAGGAUGAUGACAUUUACGAUGAUGCUAUUUCAAAUCGGGAUCCCUUGUUAGGUGAACCCUGGUAUUUCAAAUCAUUAAAGGAUAGAAAAACUGGCGAUAGGAUGUUAAAGAAAGUUGGGAAGGAUGGAACAUUUUUGAUACGAGAGAGUACAAAACAAGGAAAUUUCCAGCCCUAUACAAUGAUGGUCUUAUUCCAAAACAAUGUGUAUAAUCUGAAAAUUCGAGUACGAGCUGAUGGCAAAAUGGCUCUGGGAGAGGAAAAACCGGAUGAAAUGUCUUUUAUGGAUGUCCAGAAACUGGUCAAGUACCACAGAGAUACGGAGGUUAUAUUAGUCGGAAACACAGGGCAACACAAAACAUUGCUCAAAUAUUCUCCUCCCCAAAACUCCAUGUAAUUAACAGCAACAUCUAAUGAACAACAGAAAAGUGCUUGUAAAUAAUUUUCUCCAUAAUACUCCAUCUAAAAAUCAGUCGAGAAAUGCUUAAAUAUUUUCCACCCCAGAUCAACAAAUGACCUGUUUAAAUAUCCCCACCACAAGAAUUCUUGAAUGUGAAUGAUGAUGUCCAAAAUAGAGGGGCUGUAUUGUGACAGAAUUAAAAAGUAGAUAAUUUUAUUUUACAAUAUUGCAACAUUCCUACCAGUAAAUUAAUUUUAUAAGAUUAUGCGUUUCUGUUAUGUUUCUGAAUGCUAAUCACAUUGCAUUGAUAGCUUGUUGAUCAAUUAAGAAUAUUUUUGGUAUCCCAAACUUGAUCAGUCAAUAUUUUUUUUUUAAUAUUUCAUAUAUCCGAUAUGUAUUAAUUUUAUUCACUCUUAGCUUCUUUAUGGAGUAUUUUGUGUUAUUGGCGUGAGAGAGUUAGUUUACUGCGUUGUGAUAUGCUGAAAAUAUAAGAUAUAUUCAUGUUCGAUAAGAUUUUCCAAAGGGUUUGCAAAUGAUAUGCUAGUAUCAGCAUUUUCCUAUAAUAUAUGCCAGUGUUAACAAUUCCACAGUGCGCAAGUGUAAGCAUAUGACAUGGUAUACUUUUGUAUGUUAGGUGAAAUUAAGAAAUGCUGUAAUAAUGCUUUAAGAUGCAUGUUUCUUGACAAAAUUAGAAAAAAAUAAACUUAAUAAGUCAAAGACAUAAAUGAUCCAUAUAGUAGGACCAUCAUUAUUUUUAAAGCAUUAUUUUGUAUAAUAGAUGAAACUGUAUUAUCAUCAUUUGGUGCUUUUUUGUGUAUGUUUGUAUGUGUGUAUGAGUUAAACAGGUUUAAGUGUUGAUGUGUUUUGUAUUUCUGGUGUAACUGACCCAGGAAAUACUAGUAAGCUCGAUACAGAAAAUAAGGUCAACAUUGUUUCUCUGUCAAACUUUGAAACAGAGGAAUAAAUUUAAUAUCAACUGAAAUCAAUGAUCAGUUAGUGCAAGGUUAACUUUCACUUCCUUUUUGCCGAUUGAAAAAUUAUAACCUGUCAUUUACACUUGUAUAAUGUUUUUUUAAAAAUAGUAAGACAUUCCUUUUUGUCCAUUGUUUUUUUUUUUUUUUUUUUUGUUACUUGUUUACCUCAUUUGUUAACAUUUAUAUAAAAAAAAGUAUAAUCAGAAAAAUGAAUUAGUCUGUUAAAUAUAAAAAUGUUUAUUUUUUCUAACUGUUUACUUGCCAAUACCAUGUAAUCAUAAAUUUUCACAUAGUAAGGCGCUCGCCACAUAAAUGUUUGUUUCAUCUUGUAAACAUAUUUGUUGUUUCACUGUUUAUCACAAAUUAUAGCGAGAAUUCUUUAAAAAAAAAACCUUAUCUCAUUUUAAAUAUCAUGAAGUUUAAUGCAUCACAUUUUUAUUGCCUUUUUGGUAUGUUUUUGUUUUUGUUUUUACUUUUAGGCAAAUAAAUUAUGUCGAACAUAUGGAGAUAAAAAGCUCGUUUUUGUUGUAAACUGUUUAAAACAUAUAGUUCAUUUAAUCUUGUAAAUUAUUCGUUAAACUGGCUAUUUCCUCUGUGUGUGCAUUAUAUGUCAUGGAUAAAAUAGUAUGUGCAUGGAAAGGUACCUCACUCUUUGUAUUUACGACAGCAUAAAAAGCAUAAUUGUGAUAUUUAAGGACACAAAAAUGUACAUUCCAAUUGUUAAAUUAUGUACAGAAUACAUAUGUUACAUGUUAUUUUUUAGCAAGCUCGUUUUUCAUAUAUUGAGUGUAUUCAUAAAUGUUUUGUUUAAGUAAUAAUAACUGAAAUGAAAAAUUUAUAAUCGGAGAUUUUCCCACUUUAUAGUCGAUGUGUAAUACAUAGUUAUUGAAGUCAUUGAAUCAUAAAAAAAUGUGCACAACCACUGUAGAUUUUUAUAUUUGCUCAGCACUGUAGUUAUAGAAGCAAAUUUUUCUACAGGAAAGUUUGAUUUUUAUCAGUACUUAAUUUUAAUUAUUUCUUUCACAUUUUGUAUGUAAGAAAUGAAACUGUAGUUUAGAUAAAAGCUAUACUAGAAAA